AUGUGUCGCCUGUCGAUGACCUCGCUGUUCGUCUACUUCUGGUUGGUGGAGAGGGGUCAGUGUGACGCCUUCAGCCUUCAAGACACCAUGGGAGAGCUGCACACAGAGUUCGCCGUCAACCUUUACCAAACGCUCACCGAGACAGAGAACAACUCCAACUUGAUAGUGUCGCCGGCGAGCGUCUCGCUGUCCUUGGGUCUUCUGCAGCUGGGCGCCCGCGGCAACACGCUGGCGCAACUGGUGGCCGCACUGGGAUAUGACAUCAACGAUAUGCAGGUGCAGGACUUCCUGUUGCGGUCGCAGGGGGAUGUGGGUAACUCCAGUCACGGGGUGCGGCUCCGGCAGGCCUGCGUCCUAUUCAUCCAGAGCGGCGUCCAGCUACUUCCUGUUUUUACCCAGCAUGCAGCAGCCUUGGGCAACAGCAGUCUGGUGCGAGCCAACUUCAGCCAGCCCAACCACAGCCGAAGCCAGCUGCAACAGUGGGGACGUAACCACGGCACCGGUGAGCCGCUCCAGUCCGGUGGCAGCGGGGAGCUGUUUGGGUCUGGCGAGGCCCAGGAAGAAGCCUUGUGGUGGGGCCAGCGGCUGCAGAUGGCCCUGGUCAACACUGUAAACUUCCGGGGCGUGUGGCAGAAACAGUUCCUCUUCACAGACACCCAGAACCUUCCCUUCACCCUGUUGGACGGCAGCACCAUCAAGGUGACCAUGAUGCACCAGGCCACAGAGGUCAACUUUGGUCAGUUCCGCACCUUGUCAGACCAGCGUUACACAGUCCUGGAGCUGCCGUACCUGGGCCGCUCCCUCAGUCUGCUGGUAGCUCUGCCCAGCGACAGGAAGAUGCCACUGUCCUCUCUGGAAUCCCAGCUAACUCCCAGCGCUGUGGCCACCUGGAACACUGGCCUCCGUAGAACCAAGAUGGAUGUCUUUCUCCCCAGGUUUAAAAUGCAGAACAGGUUCAACCUGAGGUUGAUUCUGCCGUCAAUGGGGGUCAGUGACGCCUUCGACCCAAUGGCAGCAGACUUCACCGGACUCUCAGCAGAGGAAGGCCUGUAUGUGUCAGAUGCCUUUCAUGAGGCCAGGAUAGAGGUAACAGAGGACGGGACCAAGGCAGUGGCAGUAACCGCUAUGGUGCUACUCAAACGAUCCCGAGCUCCCGUCUUCAAAGCAGACAGACCUUUCUUCUUCCUCCUGCGACAAGUCAGCACAGGAUCUGUUCUAUUUAUGGGGCGUGUGAUGAAUCCAGCUGAUCAGGCACUCUAGGACCCCCUUACCUCCACUCUAGAACCCCCUCACCUCCACUCUAGGACCCCUCACCUCUACCCAAGGACCCCCUCACCUCUACCCAAGGACCCCUCACCUCCACUCUAGAACCCCUCACCUCCACUCUAGAAACCCCUCACCUCUACCCAAGGACCCCCUCACCUCUACCCAAGGACCCCCUCAUCUCUACCCAAGGACCCCCUCACCUCUACCCAAGGACCCCCUCACCUCUACCCAAGGACCCCUCACCUCUACCCAAGGACCCCCUCACCUCUACCCAAGGACCCCCUCACUUCUACCCAAGGACCCCUCACCUCUACCCAAGGACCCCCUCACCUCUACCCAAGGACCCCCUUACCUCUACCCAAGGACCCCCUUACCUCCACCCAAGGACCCCCUUACUUCCACCCUAGGACCCCCUUACCUCCACCAUAGGACCCCCUUACCUCCACCCUAGGACCCCUUACCUCCACCCUAGGACCCUCUUACCUCCACCCUAGGACCCUCUUACCUCCACCCUAGGACCCUCUUACCUCCACCCUAGGACCCCCUUAUCUCCACCCUAGGACCCUCUUACCUCCAACCUAGGACCUCCACCCUAGGACCCCCACCAACAUACCCUACCCCCACUCAUAUUCAACCCCAACACACUGCCCAUAUUUAUUGGGGACCAGAGGUUUCCAGACAUCCGGAAGAGGGACAAUAUUUUUUGUACAUAU